UAGAGUGGAGGCAGCAGACUUAAAAGCCUAUCCACCUUGCGAUUUAUAUCUCAUUGGUGGUAUACAGAGCAAGAGACAGUCAGCUGACCUCAGAGCCCAGUUUGGUUCGUAGGGAAUAAUCAAAUCAGAAACAUACCCUGGUGUGGAGCCAUUCAGAAUCUUAAAAACAAAGGUCAGGAUCUUAAACAUGACACAUAAAUUUACUGGUAACCAGUGCAGACGUGCAAGAUCGGGACAGAUGUGAGUAUGCCUGUUAGUGUUAGUCAAGAACCUGGCUGCAGCAUUGUGAACCACCUGUAGUCGAUUUAAAGCCAAAGUUGGGGCACAAAAGAGGUUAGAGUUGGCACAAUGCAAGCGGGACGUAAUAAAAGCGUGAAUGACAGAUUCUAAGUGCGGCCGCUUCAAGAUUGGUUUUAGACGAUGGAUUGUGGGUAAUACACUUCAACCAAGUCCACAUCGAUGCAGACUCGGGUGAAGUGGGGAUCAAGAGUGCAAAAAGGGCGUGAUUAACUUCUGCACUUGAGUAUCGGGACACCUUAUGCAUUUGCUCCCCUGGUCGGGAUUGUGCAAUUGAAGGGCACAAGUGUGGAAGGCACGAGUAUUGGGAUUGGGCCUUUGUAGUACAGAGAGAUCUCAACGAUGUGGACCACAGCACCACAAGGGAACAACACCCAGAAAGUCUUGGAUGUCAGUUCAACAGAGAUGUUGUGGCAGUCAUAACAAACAUCGACCUCAAGUGCAGGGGUGUUGACUAACCAAAACAAACCGAUGCUAACCACAGUAGUCUGUAAGACAUGUAAUCGGGGGUGACUGUCAUAGAACAUUUAGAAUCCGUUGUCAUCGUCCCAAUACCACACAAGCUUGUGGUUUUGUCACGCAGAAAAGGGGUCCACAGACAAAAGAAGUGUAGAUCACGUGUGAGGGAACACACGUGCAGGUCAGGGACCAGAAGGACGUCUGGCGUGUUGUCGUGAAAAGCAACAACCGGCAGUGUAUGCAACCUGACAUGAGUAUCAUCCAACCUGCAACCUGACAUGAGUAUCAUCCACCCAGCAACCAACAUUGAUCCCGUCUUUCAGUUGGUAGAUAUCACCUGAGGACAUGAUCGAUAAGUUGAUGAUGAACGCUAGUUCUCUAGCAUCGGGGUCAACCCGAAAUGGAAUUGCACUGCCCAAAGAGAAAGUUAGGUAAGUUUGAAGGGCCAUCACAUAUUCCUUAGUUGUCCUGCUAAGCAUGUCGUGGACCAUAGCCAGAAAGACAAGAUAUGGAGAAAUCCUCCCCAUGAAGACUGGCACAGGAAUGGACUGUUGAGGGCUCUCCACUGGGAUGGAAUCCAGAGGACUCUCGACUAGGGCAGAUUCCAAAGGGCUCUUGGUUGGCAUGCAAGCGCAGCCAGAAAGAACUGGGUCAGCCUGUAACGGUGCAGGGUCAGGGUAAUCUUCGACCCCCUCCAGUAGGCAGAGAUGACACCUGUGGCUGAACAGUGAAACAACAUAACGACUGGCCACAUGGGUGUUGCUGUUGUUGUUCACAACACUUCAAGAUGUAAUGAGGUCAUGGGGGAGCUUCAUGGGCAGCAGGUGAGUCGCCUGGGUCCAGAGCUUCAACCCACAGAGGUAAAUAAUGGGCCCAAAGCGAUUGAUCAUGUCUUUGUCAAACAGAAAAGUAAAAGACUCAAGGUCAGACAUGAAACGGUGAACAUUGCUAAAGUUUUAUGGGACCCUCAAUCAAAACCCAGUGGGCUACUGGGAGGUCCCUUGAAUAUCCGUAGUCUGAGUUCUAAAAGUGAUGAGAUAAAACAUGUUCCUAUGGACUCUAACUUGGACUUCCUAUGUUUAUCAGAAACUUGGUUAAAUAAAAACUCCCCAUCUGCAGCCCUACAUAUUCCUGGCUAUAAUGUUUUUAGAAAAGAUAGAAAGACUGGUAAAGGUGGGGGGUUACCAUUUUAUGUCAAAGAUCAUAUAUCAUGUAGAGGUUCAUUGCUCAGUUAAUGAGCUUGAGCAUAUCUGCCUUAAUAUUAGCUUGUCACCACAAAUGUCCUUUUUUAUCAUUUGAGUGUAUAGACCACCAUCUGCUAAAGCAAUUUCCUUUGACAAAUUCCAAACUGUUCUAAAGGAAUGUAGCUCAGGGAAGGAAAUGUUGGUAAUGGGGGACUUCAAUGUAAAUUGGGAGGAUGAAGGCACCAGCAAAGCACUAUGAAGGGUAACAAAUAAAUUUGAUUUUACUCAACUAAUUAAAGGGCCCACCAGAAUAACAUUGUCUUCUGAAACUCAAAUUGAUUUGAUAUUCACUAACAAGCCUGAAAGGGUGACAAAAUCAUUUAACAUGGUUACUGCUCUGUCUGACCAUAACCUUACUCUUAUCGCAAGGAAGCUCACAAAGUCCCGUUUCCAUAUAAAGCCUCACACUAAAUCUUGCAGAUUUAGAAUACCCAAAUGUGAUGUCGAUAAAUUUGAUAGGGAAAUCAAAAAUAUUAACUGGGAUCAAAUCUACUGUAAGUACAUCUUGUUACUUAGUCCAGUGCACUGCAGAGAAAAGAUAAUGAAAUGUAAGAUUUUAAGAAUAGUAAAUGAAACUGCAUUCUAUAGCUUUUUGCCAUUUCUUUCAGAUUGGGAACGCUUGUCUGAAGAUUGUGGGGGAAGCUGCACAAAGACAUGGAAAAGAUGUUCACAUUGCUGACCUCUAUGUCGUGGCCACCUGGAAGGAUCCACAAGUCAACCUGCUGCGUUGCUUGCCGGAGAGUAGCAGGCUUCAUUGACUCUGGAUUCUGGAUGGAGAAAACAGGAAGAGACCUUGAGUUCUUUCCCCAGCAGUUCAUGGGAAAUUGCUGCGGCAUCUUUAUGCUGAUGUAUGCUCUCUGCAUCUGCACCUCAUCUCCACCAUCUUUCACAGAGGAGGAAAUGCCAGCAAUUCGCCUGUGGUGGUGUAUUCAGCUGAUGGAGAGAUUCGGCAUUGAGGGGCAUGGACAAAGAUUUGCCUUCUGGACAGAAGAAGCAUCCCUUCUCCUCCAGGGGACUCUCCAGCCUGUCUUCAGGGUACCAAAGGCAACCUCCUCCAAGCCUUCACCAAGUCUAAUCAGACCGGCUGAGGCUGACAGGUGUCUUAUACUGGAGUUACCAGAACGUGUCCUAAUGGACAUAUUGGAAGAGGUUGUUCUUCACGAAGGGGAUGCAGCGAUCUUCAAACUGGCUCUGGUGUGCUCCAUGUUCAGAGACCUUGUGUCUACUGAAUAUUUCAGAAGACGAGCACACUUCAAGUGGCUUCGCAGUGAGGACUUCAGUGUUUGCACAUGGAGCAGGUUCUCAGAACAGUACAGAGAACAGUACUUUAACGUGUAUUCUAUUGAGAUCUGCCUUCAAUGUGGAGACCAAUACAAACACUGCCCCGGAGGAUACGUUGGCAGAGGAAAAAGAGGAGAACUAAGGGCACUUUACUCGGAGGAGAUGCUCCCAGGCUACUGCAGCCACUUUUGCAGCCAAAUGAACAGUUAAUGUGUCUGUUCUGUCGCCGCCCCCGUCUCCACACACAACCACACACACACACACACACACACACACACACACACACACACACACACUCACACGCACGCACACACACGCACGCAUGCACACACACUUCUGUCUUUCUAUCAUAGUGAGGACCCUUCAUUGACUUCCAUUCAUUUUUGUGAUUUCACCAUGCCUAACCCUAACCCCAACCCUAACCAUAACCAACGCUGAUCUUUUCCUAACCUUAACUAAAACUUAAUUCACACUAUGCCUCUAACUGGUAUAGUAAGCUUCUGGUAUGCUUCUAAAAAAAGCGAGGACCAAAAAAUUUCCUCACUUUGUAGGGAAAAUGGUCAAAAUGGUCCUCAGUAUGUAGUAUGUACAAGAACACACACACCACCCUGGUUGUAGUGACCAGGUUCCCCAUCAGUGGUUCUCCCACAUCUUGGAUUGUGUUUUGAUGCCUGUUUUUCUUUGUGAGAGUUUUUGAUCAUUCUUCUUGGAGUUCUAGAGCAAAAACUGUAAUGCUCUUGUGGUAAGGUGGAUAAACGAGGGCCCGGGCGGGAUUCGACCCCCAGACUCCCGGGUGAGAGUCAUACGCUCUAACCAGUCAGCCAAAGGGACAUCCCCUUGGCCAAGUAGCCAGGGCGCAUGAUCAAUCGGGACACUGUGACAGGACACACACUGUCACACUGACAGGACACACACUGUCACACUCUGUUUGAGAAAGUGAAUCUGUUGGGCUUGUACCUGGUACUCAGAGUACCACACUGCCAGAAAGGACAGGCUGAAAAUAAAAAGCUUUAUUUCCAUCAA